UCUUCUUUCUCCUCCAAAAAUAUCACCCACAAUGUCAGUGACCCGUGACAAAGUUAAAAACUUGAUCCACCUCUAACAAAACAAAACGUCCACUGGUUUAAUUUUGUUUGCACCAAAAUGGAGAUCCAAGCGGCCAGACGUAGAAUCAACUUGAUUGCAGCUCACUUCUCACCUACUGAUGAUAUCUCUGUCACCAAUGUCCUCCCAAUGGUUUGAAAAAUCCUCUUACCUUGAUGAGCUAUGUGACUCCAGUGAUGGCAUUGGCAACGGCCUGUUUUUUCUCUUAUAUUGGAUCCUUGGCAUGAAAUCAUAGGGAGCAACUACUUCAAUAGUCCAUGGCAUGUCACUCGAAGUUGCUUGUUGAUGCUUUUUGGUGGAACACUUGCCUUUUUUAUGGUAUUGACAGAAUACAUUCUUGUCUCAGUAACUAGUGCUGUCACAGUAACAAUAGCAGGUGUUGUCAAGGAGGCUGUCACUAUAGCGGUUGCAGUCUUCUACUUCCAUGAUGAAUUUACCUGGUUGAAAGGUGCUGGCCUUUUCACAAUCAUGAUUGGUGUUAGUUUAUUCAAUUGGUACAAAUACCAAAAACUGAAGAAGGGUAAAAACAGUGAAGAUGACAGUGUGGGACCACUCACUGCAAAUGUUUCUGCUAAGUAUGUGAUUAUUGAGGAGGAUGAACAUGAUGAUGGUGCUUGAGAGCCUUAGCAAUCACAUUGCCUGUAUUCGAAGUGAAGCUUGUAUGAAACACCAGUUUAGUUAGUUUCAGCUUCACAGUAUAUAUGAAGUCCUAUGCUCUUCGAGCUCUGGAUCUUGUAGUCUGUACUUCCUCUUCUGGGUUGGUGGCAAAGAUUGGAUGUCCUCCUGCACUAAUAGGAGUCAAGUUGACAAUUUGUCAACGUCAACUGCCUACAUGCAAUCAACAGAUUUUGAAUGGCAAGUUUCCUUGAGCUUCCAGUUAAUAGUAAUACUUAUGCUGCGUUAGAAAAUAUUCAUCUGGAUGUCAAAGAUUGUUGCUGGUUCAGCUUUUGGCAUUAUGUUUCUUCUUCUCCUUAAGAUAAAGGAUUUACAUUGCAACAGGAAGUAGUCAAGAUUAGAGUGCCAUUUUUUGUCUUUUGCUUUGUUUUGUUUUUUGUUUUUUUUUUUUUUUUCCUCUUUCCCUCCAAUCCUUCAUUAUGUUAGUUGGCAGCUUCGUUUUCUUGGAUGUAAAUAAAUAAAUAAUAAUUGCAAUGAGGUA